AUGACCGAGGGCCCUCGUUGUCUUGCUACACCAGCACGUCUGUUUAGCAUUUCAAAAAGAGUCUCUCCGAUUGUCGCUCUUUUCGCGGUUCUUCUGUUCCUUAGCAUCGUUUCACUGCCAGUUUCUGCUCUUGAGAAUGGCUUUGGCCGACUUCCAUUCAUGGGUUACAGCACUUGGAAUGCCUAUUAUUGUAACAUCAAUGAAGACACAAUAUAUGAGAGGGCUGAAUUGAUCGUAUCGCUGGGUCUUAAGUAUGAGUACAUGAACAUAUAUGACUGCUGCGCGGAGAAACAGCGAAACUCGGAUGACACGAACCAGUUUCCCUCCGGAAUGCAGAAUCUCACAGAUCGUAUGCAUUUCCUUGGAUUGUACGCUUAUGCCUGCUUUCCGACCACUGAUUCAUAUUCAUGGCGCUGUUCUGCUUACGGCGAUUCGGAUUGGUACACUUGCCAGAUGUAUCCUGGAUCAUAUCAAAAUGAAGAAAGGGAUACAAGGCUUUUCCGUGAGACAUGGGUACCCUUUGACGAUGUUAUCCAUGAGGGCAUGAUUGGGAAAUUUUCGAGGAUGGCCAACGCAAUAACGGGCCUUGCGACUGCCGCAGGACGGCCUCCGACGCUGUAUUCUAUAUGUCAGUGGGACCGGCUGCAGCCCUGGCUCUGGGCCAGAAAUCUCGGUCAUUCCUGGAGGGUGAGUUCAAAAUCCAAGACACAUUUCACUACGUGGGCCUUGAUGAAAUCGCCGUUACUGAUACUCAAAUCAAUAUCUAAUCAAACCUUAGAAAUUCUUAAGAAUGAAGAAAUAAUUCCCAUUAACCAGGAUCCUGUCGUAGGUACAGGACCUGAUUAUACAAAUGACCCAAAAUACCCGGCUCAGUACUGGAGUGGGCAGAUCCAAAAUGGGACUGUUUUUAUGAUGAUAAAUGCGCACGAAGAAGCCACCGAUAUGACAUUCCGAUUGACAGAGUCGCCAUGGAUGUGCGCGGGGAGACAAUACUCAGUUCAGGAUCUCUGGUCUCAUACUGACAACGGCACAGCCGUCCACGAAUUCACCGCUCGUUCUAUUCCUGCCCAUGGCGUUGUGGCAUUUCUAUUGCGGGAUGCCGGUGACGAGCCCGAAAACCUUCGGCCGAAAUGUGCCUUCUAUGAGUGA